AACUUCAUUGCACUGAUUGAACUUGUGCGAAAUCAAACACACUGAGGGGAUUAUUUUGGAAAGGUCUGGAACCUUAUAUUUACUGCACUCAUUCAGUUAAAAGUGGAAUUCAUUUCUACUGUCCCAAGAUACCAAAGGUUGUAAGAAAUAUUUGUCUGUAAUAUCCCCACCUGUGUAUAUUUGUUUUCUUGGGAUUGAAUGUGUGACUGAUGCGCUCUUGCCUUUAAGUACCAUGAAUUGUUUAGUCACGUUAGUGACAUGCAUUCAACUUUUUAACUCUCACGUCCUUGCUUUUCGUCGAGUGGUCACCUUUUCCGCAAUUCCCUGUGAUGCGGUGGGAGCAGUGAAUGCGGCCGACCUUGGGAUUCAUCACAUCAACAGCGUUCGGAGAGAGGGAUACAAGUACAGCCUGAAUAUGGUCACAAAUGCCCAGGAAAAGCAGGAGCAAAAUCAUUUCAUUUAUUAUUUGGAGUUUGAGGUCUUUGAAACCAGAUGUCAUGUCAGGAGCCCAAAACCGCUGAAAAGAUGUGAAAUACAAUCAUUUAACUUGACGAAAGCAUUUGGCGAAUGUAAAAUCAUCAUUCAUGUCUCAAAAGGCUUCCCGAAUGUGAAGGAUUAUCAUUGUUCUCAAUAUCCAGCUUCAGUGGGAAAUCCAUGCCAGGGAUGCCUUUACACAUUUCAACCAUUAAAGAGUGGAGAUAUGGACCAUGCUGUUAAUAUUGCUAUUCAAAAAUAUAACAGCAAGAGCAAAGAUAUUAGUUACUUUUCCCUUUAUAAUAUCACAAAGAUUUUACCUAGGUCUGAAUCAAGCCAAAUGAUAUCAGUGGAAUUCAUUAUUCAAGAAACUAACUGCUUCAAAAACAAUUUAAUGGUAGUAUUUUCAUCUUGUGUUCCAAAGCGCCAUAAAUUUGCACAUUUGGGGAUCUGCACUGUGUCUUUUGUACCAGAGAGUCCUGUCUAUGAUGUUGCUGAAGUGACCUGUGAGAUUUAUGCAACAAAGGGUGUCACAGUCCAGAGUUUAAGUGGGCAAGAGGAGCCACUUGAGGACAACUAUCAAGAUGAAGAGCAAAAGUUUAUACCCAAGUUCAAAAGAUCAAUUUCAAGAUCCAAAGAUCAGAGGAUGAAACAAACAGGAAUGAGUAAAGAGUGCAGGGGGAUAGUUUCAUCUUCAUCAGAGUCAUCAGAGGAACAAAAUAUAUGCAGCCAUCGAGUGCCUCUCAAGCAGCCAACUACUCACAGAUUUCCAAGUCUCCCUCCGCAUGCACUCACCUGUCCUGGUCAACCCCGAUAUAUUGCUCGGAAAAACUGAACAGUCCUCAGGCAUCACCUAUUCAUCUGGAGAUGUUAGAGAUAGUACUGUAUGUUCAGUGCCUAAGGAGUUUCCAUCCAUAAUUCCCGCAACAUUCAAGGCUGUGUCCUAUUGAGAUUGGGUGAGUUAUCCCAUCUAAGUGUGGUUAUCCAUCCUUCUCAGCACCAAUAUUCCAUAAGUCUUCAAGUAAUGAGGAGGUGUACACACCGUAGUCAACAUCAAUGAUGCAGAAGUGAAGAUGAUUGAGAGCUUCAAGUUCCCAGGUGUAACAAUUUGUACUGGGCCACCCACAUUUAACUUUGGCCAAGAAAGCACACCAAAGUCUCUACUCCCACAGAAGACUAAGAAUGUUUGGCACUAACAACUCUUACCAACUUUUACAUAUACAUGGUUGAAAGCAUCCCAUUGGGAUGCAUCACAACUUAGUUUGGCAACAUCUCUGCUCAAGACUACAAGAAAUUUCCACAGAAUUGUGGAUGUAGUCGAGUCCAUCACACGAACCAGCCUUCCCCUCCCCAUCAACUCCAUUUACACUUCAAUGUGUCUCGGGGGAGCAGCCAACAUAAUCAAGGUCCGUUUUCACCCUGUUCUCCACUCACCCAUCAGGCAGAAGGGACAAAAGCAUGAAAGCAUGUAUCUCCAGAUUGAGGAACAGCUUCUUCCCUGCUGUUUUCAGACUAUUGAGUAGUCUUCUUAUAAACAAAAGGUGUCAUCUCAAUCUUCCAACCUACUACAUUGCGGCCCUUGCAUGUUUUUCACCUACAUUUUUGCUGAAGCUGUAACACAAUAAUGCUGAAACUCUAUCUUCUGUACUCUGCUAGUUUUCUCUUUGCACUACCUGUUGUACUUAUAUACAGCAUGAUUCGACUGGAUGGCAUGCAAGUAAGGGUUUUCACUGUAUCUCUGUACACUUGACAAUACUAAACAAAUACCAAUACCAUAUAUUCUCUAGUGUCCACACUAGUAAUUAUCACCCAACCAGCUGCAUCUUCUUCCUUGGUGCAGAGUGAUGCAAUGUAUUCAUUUAGUUUCUCAAUUGUGAUUUCUGCUUUCAUAGUUACAUUUUCUUUUUGGUCUCUGGUCAGCCCACCCUCGCUCCUUAAAUAUUGUUUUCCUAUUUAUAAGUCUAAUAAAUACUAUUGGAUUUCUUAUUAUGUUUGGGAUCUGUCAUUCCAAGGCUUUCUCUAUACCUUUUUUUGUUUCAUUUUUUUACUUCUCUUCUGACCUUUCAUUAACCAGUCUGGUUCUUGCUUAUUAACAAUCUGACCCAUGUCGUAUACCCGUUUAUAAUUUAUUUAUCUUUGGGUUGGUCAUGUAGCUCUGGGUUGAUCUUUGUGAUCCUUCCUGCUCAUGAAAAUGUACCUCGACUGUAGCUGAAGUACCUUUGCUUUAAAGGACUUCAACCAUUCAGGUAUACUAUAACCUGAUUCAGGUGACAAUACUGGUUUGCCAGGGUUGGAUCUGUGUCUAUCGCUUUGAGAUUGGCCCUUCUUCAAUAUUUUUAUCUGAGAAUGUUUUCAAAACUAUUCUGAACAUUAUGAUGGUAUUUUUGCUUCUGACGUUUCCCAGUGUCGUUUGCGCCACUUAGCCUGGUUUAUUUCUUAGGACCAAGUCCAGCAAUGCUGUCUUCCUCAUUGGGCUUGAAACAUAUACCAAUAAAACAUUCUGCUCUGCGCUACCAAAAAUGCCCUCCCAUUCUUUGGCACUUAUGUUAUUCUGAUUGCAGUCUAUGUUUGGACUGUUGAAAUACUCGCUUAUCUUAGCUUUGUAAAUUUGACAGAGUAAUUUUCCACCCAUGAAAACAUGAUGACACUGCUUGACCAGAUUAGGACUUUCCAAAUGUUGUGCCUUAACUGAUUUCCAGUAUUUGUCCAAUAAUUGACGUCAGGCUAGUCAGUCAUUCAUUACUACAUAAACCUUGAAUAAGGGUCUCAUCUCAGCAAUUUUAUAAUCCUCCAGUACUUUUCCAGAACCUUAGCAGGUUCGGAAGAUUAAAACCACUGAUCCUGCUAUGUCGGGAACCAUUUAUUUUUAAUCACCGAGGAUGCAAACCAUCAGAUCCUGUGAAAUUAAUUUCAUAAGUUCAUGUUAUAGGAACAGAAUUAGGCCAUUCGGCCCACCAAGUCUCCUCCACCAUACAAUCAUUCAUGAUCUAUCUUUCCCUCUCAACCCCAUUCUCCUGCCUUCUCCCCAUAAUCCGUGACACGCGUUACUUUAUUUCAGUCCUCCUUUCCAAAUUCUGAAUAUAUUCUGAUCUGAUUAUUAACCUUUGACACAUUAGGACAUAGAAUCUUAGAACAGCACGGUACAGGGAAAGGCCCUUCAGCCCACGGUGUCCCUGCCACAUAUGAUGGCAAUUUAAAUUAAUCAAUUUUGGCUGAACAUGAUCCAUGUCCCACCAUUCCCUGAAUGUUUAUAUGCCCAUCUAAAAAUCUCAUACACCACAGUCGGUUUCUGCUUCCACCACCACCCCUGGCAAUGUAUUCCAGGCACCCAUCAAUCUCACCUUGCAUAUCUCCUUUAAACUUUCUCCAUCCAAUCUUGAACUUAUGUCCUCUAAUAUUUGACACCGUGGGGAAAAGUUCCAUCUACCCUAACUAUGCCUCUCAGAAUUUUAUAAACCUCUAUCAGGGUUCCUCACAGCUUCUGAUGCUCCAGAGAAAACAAUCCAAGUUUGUUCUGCCUCUUACAGCUUUGACCCUUUAAUCAAGACUACAUGCUCUUAAACCACACCCGUACAUUCUCCAAAGCCUUCACAAAGCCUGCAAUUGGGAAUCCAGAACUGCAUGCAAUACUUCAAAUGUGGUCGAACCAAUUUUAUACCAUGGGCCUUCAUCAUCUCUGACAUAUUUUUUCUUUCAACUUAAUACCAUCAUUAACCUCUCUGAUUAACUUCCAAAUAUGUCUAAUUUGGUUUACUUUCACCAAGAGUCAUGAAUUAUCCCUAAUUUAAGCUCGGGUUCGUCUAUUGUGUUAACUGUUAACGUGGACACAAAUCACACUUAGGCAACUCGCUCAUCAUUCCUCUUAUUAAGAUGAUCCAGGUUCAGAAGACGACAAUCUCAAUGGGUGGAGGUGAAAAAGGAAAGAAAAUGCUGGGAGGAAUAGUGUAUUGGUUCCCAAACAUUUCCCUUGCUGUACAAAGAAGGAUUAAUCAAGGCCCAAGUGUUUCCUCGCAGGCUGAUUGUGAUUUCUACUUUCCAGGAUAUUUUCUAGUCUGAGAUCAUUUAGAAAAUGUGUCUUAUUAUAUAUAUUACCAAACCAAAAUGGUUGUUCUCUGGUUGGCUCCAUAUUGUAUUGUACUAGGAAACGAUCCUGAAUGCACUCAAUUAAUUAAUUCUCAUGGCUAUCUAUAUAAUUAAAAGUCUCAUCUUGACCA